GCAGAGUUGAUGGCAGACUCGUAUAGAAAAUUAAUUAUUGAAAGGUUAGAAGAUGUCAAACAGAGAAAUAAGCAGACAGCAACAUUAUAUAACAAUUAUUCAAAACUAGCAGAACAACUAGAAAAGAAGCACAAGUAUGGUACCUCUAGUUCAAAUAGUAGUCAGCUAGAAACUGGAGAAUUGGCUCGCGUGAAGGAGGAAAUGGCCGAGUUGUAUCGAUCCAAGUGCCAAAAUGACCAGAGGCUCAUUGAUGCAAAUCAUAGAAUUGCAGACUUUGAGAAAAAGUCUAGUGCAAUUAUUGCUGAAAAAAUUGCACUGGAAGCAACAGCAAAAUCAAUAUGUGCAAAAUAUGCAAAAACAGAAGUUGAACUUCAGAGGUUAAAAGUCGACAACGAUCAACUGAAUGAUGAGCGGAUUGCUUCUAAUACCACAGUAACAAUGCUGACAAAACAAAUACAAGACAUUGAGAACGAUCGAAUCCAUUUUCUGAACAAAAUUCGAGAGCUCAACGAGCAAAGAGUCGAUUUUCUGAACGCAGAAGUUGCUUUAGAAGAAAAACGACGAAACUCUCGUAUUCAAGAUAUGAUCACUAGUGCUGUUCAAGAUAUCACCGACAAGGACACAAAACUAGAAGAAAUGUUGCGUGCUAUGCCUGAUACCAAUUCUAAUGGAGAUUUACUUCUUGGCGACAGUGUGCCAUCCCGCGCAGAGUUUGUCUUGGAGUGUGAGGAAGGAGAAGUAAACGAUGUUCAUUGGCUCGACGGAGAAACGUUUGCGACUGGAGGAUCUGACCGGAAUAUCAAGAUUUGGAAAGUCGAUGGACACGGGGGAUACACUAGAAUUGGAACACUCGCUGGCAGUAAUGCUGCAUUCACUAGGAUAGACUAUGAAAGAGAUCGGAAGCAUUUUAUUGCAUCUUCUAAUGACAAGAAUGUUCGGAUUUGGAAUUUGGAUAACUCUCGGCUUUUGAGUACUCUCUCUGGGCAUUCUGAUCAAGUAACAUGCGUCAAGUUUUAUCAAUCACAUUCGGCGGUUUCUGGCAGCGCAGACCGGGUUAUCAAAAUUUGGGAUAUUCAAAAUCAAAGAUGCAGCCGCUCUCUAUUCCCUGCGUCUAAGGUUCUCGACGUUGCAACCAAUAUGGGUGCAAGCCCAUCACUAUUCGCAUCAGGACAUUUUGACAAAAAACUAAGAUUUUACGAUGGAAGGUCAACGGAUCCAGUUAGAACUGUUGACAUGGGAGGUAGAAUUACUUCUUUGGAUGUUACAAUGAGUGGAUGUGAACUUCUCGUUUCGACUCGUGAUGACACUAUCUCCCUGAUUGAUCUACGAACGUUCCAGACGGUUCACUGUUACAGCGCGGAAAACUACCGUACUAGUUCCGACCUUUCAAGAGUUGUUUUAUCAUCCGGAAAUGAAUACGUCGCUGCAGGAAGUUCGAAUGGAAGCAUCUUCGUCUGGAAUAGAAAUAGUACUAAGCUAGAAAAACAGCUUUGCAGUAACUCGGAAAAUGCCAUAUUCUCACUUUCAUGGAACCCAACAGGAUACGGACUGUUGUCAUCGAGCAAGCAAAAAUUUGUCACAUUAUGGAAGUAAAUCUUCAUGAAAAUAUAUUGUAAAUUUGUGUUUUUUUUCAAGUGUUUCUUGUUAUCUGUAUACGUUUACUCUUCUCUUUCGUCUUCACAUCGAUCCAACUCACGUAAAUUAGCGUUGUUUUCUCUACGGUUCAAAUUGUUUUUCAUACGACUUCAGUUUUGCCAUAUUUUCAACACCAUUUCACUCAGAAAAUUGCGUUUAUUUGUAUUGUUUUCAUAAAUCAGGUUUUGUAUCAGUUUUAGCUUUGAAUGUAGAAUUCAUAUUUG